AGUAACAGUUAAUGUAGUUUGCUCGUGUAAUACUAAUGUAUUGAAUUUGAUGGUUUGUUAAUCCAAAGAAAUUAAGAACUGAAAAUUGUUGCUCUAACCUACAAAUAUGCUACUCAGUAGUACUACUCACUGCUAGUAAUCUUUAGAGCAAUAAGGAUGAGGAAUUCUUGACUACAACAAUGUAGAGUUAAGUAAGAAGAAAUGAUGACAGAGAAGAUAACAUGAAUGAUGACAAUGUAUUUGACACCUUAUCAGCAACAAGAGAAAAUGAUAGCAGACUCUUAAUACCAGAAGACAAGAAGAAUAAUAAAAGAAAAGCAUUCAGACCCCGUCGUGUUCUGAGUAUUUCACCAUGCUGCACUCCCAGUUUAGCUGUUACAAACUGGAAUGGUCGAUCAAACGUGGGAGUUUUUCACAGUUAUUCAGCAGAAGAAACAAGUGAAAAUGAGGCAGAGUGUAUGGAUACAAUUCUUCCAGUAAACACUUAUACAGAAUGUAAAAAUUCAUUCUUUACCUGUACUUUUGAUCUGAAUAGAGGGGACUCUGAUUUCUUGAACACCAAUAAAGUAUUAUCAUCACUGAAUAUGUCUGAAGCUGUUCCUCAUCAACUUGAAGCAGUACAAGAAGAUGACAAAGAAGUUAAUGAUUCCCCAUCAUCAUCAUCAACAACAAGUAAUGGGAAUGAUCCUUCUGACUUGGAUUCUGGUAAAGAUGAGAGUGUGGAGUUUGUGGAGAGGCAGACUCAACUGCUGAUGUAUCUUCAGCAACUGCAGAGUUUACAGUGGGCACAUGACCCUACUUUGUACAACCAACUGCCCCAAGUAGGAACGCAAAGUUUUUACUCAAAUUGUGAAAAUGUUAUUAACCAUCUUCAAGCAAAUAACCAGCAUCAAAUGAUAAAUUUAUCCAACCAUCUUGAAGAUCAGUCUUUUCAUCUGAAUUCUGGAGAAACAGAGUUAGCAGAUACAGUGGAGACUUCUGUGAAAGUAAUUGGAAGUGAAAAAUCAGAUUGGUCCCUAAAUCUUACACGGGCACAGAAACAGAUGCAGUGUAUGCGUACUAAAAGAAAAGAUCCUGAAUACUGUCGGAAAGAAAGAGAACGUGACCGCCAGAGAAAACAGCUAAAGAGGCAGAAUCCAGAAAUUAGGGCCCGUGAAAGAGAAGCUGAUCGAAAGCGUCUUAAACUGAGAAGACUUGAUCCUUUGUACCGAGCUCAAGAACGACAGAGACAGCGAGAACGUUUGAGACAAAAAAGGCAAGAUCCUGUAUUCCGACAAAAAGAAAGGGAGCGUGAUAAGAUAAGAAAGCAACUUAAACGUCAACACCCAGAAUUGUUAGAAGUUUGUGUGAAGCAAGAACCAGGAAUGUUCUUGUCACAAGGUUUAACUUUGCCAAGAAAACACAUUGAUGUUGAAGGUAGUGCUUUAAUUUUCAAUGAUCGAACAUGGGAACUCGAAGAAACUAGAUCCCAGAAUGAUUGUAUUCAUUUACAAAAUGAAACAAGUAGUAAAAAACUUUGUGAAACUGGAUUGUCUGAUAUAGAAAAUCAAGUUGUUCCCCAUGGCUACUUAGAAUUUACUCACUGGGUAUCUGUGUUGCCUCAACAGUCAACUAAUGUGAGCUCAGCAAGUUUAUCUAACAAUUUAAAUGAUGCAUUGUUGUAGCUUCUGUGAAUGUGUUCAUCCCGAUGCAGCUAUUAAGGCUCUAACUAGAAAGAACCAAUAGAUCCAUUAGUGUAGAAUCGGGAAUUGUUAUGUUUAUAGAUUUUACUAGUUAUUUCAUGGUUUUAUAAACUAUUACCAAAGAAAUAUAUAUGUACAUCAUGUUAAAUUUAUGCCCUGUUUUAGAGAAACUGUAAUGUAAAUUUUAUUUGUUACAAUGUGUCUCUAAACUUUACAGAUUGAAAAACUGUUAUAAAAAGAUUUUAGUACUGGUUUGUUAACAGCAUUUGGAAAAUCAGAUCAUUUCUAUAAAAUAUUCAAAUAUAAGAUGGUUGUGUUAAAAGUAUUUGAAAGUGUAUUUACCGUUAUUUAAGUUAUGAACAUUUCACUUUUCAUGGUUGAAUUGCCCAGUGUUGUUUCAUGUCAAAAUAUAAAUGUUUUACUUUGGUAGAUUAGUUAAAAAUUUUUUGGGAAAAAAAAAUUAAAAAUAAGUUUAAUCAAAAAUUAGAUGUAGCAAAAACUUGUUUCUGCCACUUUGAGUUUAAAAACAACUUAAAAUGUUUUUAUUAAUUAUUUUUUUCAUUUAAACAGUACAUUACAAGACUAAAUAUAACCGAUUAUCAUACAAUCCUGCAGGGUAAAUACAAAUAUAUUUUUCACUUACAACAACAAUAAACACUGAAAUGGCUUUGUAAAAAACUGGAGUAAUGGCACUGUGAUAUUUGAACAAUGUUAGUUGUAAUUUUAUCAAUACAGAUUUUUAAAGAAUCGCUUUACUUGCUGAUAGUUUUAUAAGAGCUGUGAAGAGUUACUACUUAGUAAUCAAUGAUUAUCAUUUACAUAACAUUUUGUUUAAUAAAAUGGUUGAAAAGACAGAAAACAAAGCCACUUCUUUUUACAUGCUGAAACAAAUGAAAUAUGAAAGAAAGGAGCAUUUAUGUGUGUGUGUGUGUACACACAUAUAUGAAACUGUUUUAUUUUCUUGUAAUAUAAGGAUUUUUCAAUGUGUAACUUAAGUUUUAUACAUAAUUUUUCAAAUAAGUAAAAAUGAUAGUUAAAUAGGUAAAAAGUUGUCAUGUACCUCACUCGGUAUUUGAGUUGUUGGCUCGUAUAUCUGAAAUUUCUUUAAAGAUUUUAGUGAGUCUCUUUUUGUUAGUAGUGAUUUAACAAACAAACUCAACAGCAAUAUGUAUGUUUACAACUAUUAGAUUUCGGCUCUCUUCCUCCAAUGAAUUGAUACUGUGGGAAAAAGUUGUGUUUUUGGUUUGUAUAUAUAUAGAAAAAUCGUAAUCACAUUGAUGGUUUGUGGCUUUUGUUUACUGUAUUUGUUAUUAUUAUUGGGGUAGAAGUGAUUUAUUUUUUUAGUCAAUGAACUGUAAAAGAUGUGGUCACAGGGAAGAACUGUGGCUCACUUGUUAUUACAUAAGAUAACGUGACUCUCGGGUAAUGCUGGUAUCUCGUAAACCUUAUAUAUCAGAAGAGUCAUUAUUCAGACUCUGUGUAUGCUUUGGAGAAUUUAACAGACAUAGUGCAAACUGUCUUAAGAUCAAUAACUGCUUUUUGUCUGUAUAUAUGUAUGAAAAGACUUGGCCAAAUCAUAUUUGUUGAAUUUUCUAAAGUAUACACUGAAAAGUGAUAGAAGAAGAAUUUAUUCAAUUUUAUUUUAUUCCAUCAGCAAUGUUUAUUUCAAGUAUGUUUCUCCUCAAAUUGUAACUUAAUACUUUGUCUCAAUCAUAUUAAUUUAGUGAAUCUUGCAUAUUAGUUUUCACAAAGUUUCUUUUUUUUUUAAAGAGAAAUGUUGUUUCUAUGUAUAAAUUGAUCUACAAGAGUUUGUAAGGUUAUUGAUAGAUAAUAUAAAAUAGAAAGUUUGUAAGAGUAAACGUAAGAUUGAGAUAAAAUUGAUGCUUGCUUAAAGUCAAACAGUGUAUGCUGAUAGUGAAUAAAUAGUGUGCCAAAACGA